AUGGAUAAGCACACCUGCAAGGACCCUAGCAACCGCUUCAUCUGCACAUCGGAGACGCUGGGCUCCGGGGCAUGCAAGACCGUCUACAGGGCGUUCGAUCGCGCGGAGGGGAAGGAGGUAGCUUGGAGCAAGGUGGAGCUACAAUCGCUGGAUAUGGAUGGCAUGAGUGGGGCAAUGAGAGAGGUCGAGAUCAUGAAAGAGGUCGACCACCCUCAUAUAGUCAAGCUCUCCGCUUCCUGGGUGGAUGCCAAGACCAGCACCUUGCACCUCAUCACAGACCUAUAUGCAGGGUCACUGGACGCCUACGUAAAACUCCACGGCAGGCAGGAACCGGCUGUGAUACGAAAGUGGGCGCGCCAGAUCUGCAAUGCUCUGGCAUAUCUUCACGAUACAGGAAGCGAGCCGAUCGUGCACCGGGACCUGAAGUGCGCCAACGUCUUUGUGAACAACUACACAGGAGACGUGGCUGUGGGGGACUUGGGGUAUGCGACCGUGCUGAGCCGUUCUAGAAGAAAACAGGCCAACUGCGUCAAGUAUCCUUGA